CCUGUGGUGAAUGGUUGUUAUCACACUAUUUUGAUCACCUUUGAAACGUGUUACUUCCUCACAAGAUUGAGAAAAUGUGAACUUGAAACCAAACGGAGUUUUUCAGCAUUCAAACACAGUCCACGCUGCAGAGCAGACCUUGUAGGCAUCAGUGGGAGUGAUGGCGGAAAUCUACGCCAAUAUUGAAUAUGAAAAACCUGUCGACACAAAACCUCCGACAUAUCAGACAGGUAAGAGUGCUUGUUCUGACUGAGCUGUGCAUAAACGUGUUUGAUUACAUGCCAUUAUUAUUUGUCCCGUAUGCUUCUAUCUGUGUUCAGGUCCAGAGAGCUCAGGGAGGAGAUUUUACAGAGUUGUUGUUCUUCUUCUGGGACUGCUGAGUCUUAUCCUACUGGCUGGGAUCAUCGCCCUCGGUGUCCACUCUCAUGACUCGUCAUCAGAAUUCUCCAUCACCAAUGCCAAUUUUACUGAGCGUCUGCAGGACAGAGAGAACGAGCUGUCCUCCCUGACUGAACAGCGAGACCUGCUGAAUGCCAACCUCACUGAAAUGACUAAAGAGCUGGAAAGACUUCAGACUCUGUCAAAACAGAAGAAAACUUGUCCUACUGGAUGGAAGAUGUUCCGUUGUUCCUGUUAUCUCUUCUCAACACACACUAAGACUUGGGAAGGAAGCAGACAAGACUGCAGAGACAAUGGAGCAGAUCUGGUGGUUGUAGACAGUUUUGAAGAGCAGGAAUUUCUAACUAACAACAUCAAAGCAGACACUUGGAUUGGUCUGAGUGACCGGGACAAUGAAGGCACCUGGAAAUGGACGGAUGACACUCCCCUGACUCGGGGGUACUGGCGGGCAGGUCAACCUGAUAACGGUGGAGGAGAUCCACGAUGGGGCGAAGAGGACUGUGUCCAUUUUGGAGCGGGCAAGAAAAAAGAGGCAAACUGGAAUGAUCUCAGAUGUGACGUAUCCAAACUGUGGAUCUGUGAAAAAUAGCAAAGCAAUGGAAUGAUUUGCACUGUAUGUUAUUAAGAGCACACUAAAUGUCCUUUAAAUUACCUUUAUCUGUGUAAGAGCACUAGGCCUCCAUCAGAGUUGCGCUCAACGCUGAUUACGGCCUAGUGCUGAAAGGCAUCCGUUGUUGUUUUGCUGCUCUUUCCCAGAUAAAGGAAACUUAAAGGACAUUUAGUGUGCUGACGUUUCUGUCUCUUUUUAGUGCACCUGAAACUUUACUGUCGAGUAUGCUCCUUUUCUUUUUCUGUUUUUGCAAGAGGCCAUUAGUAAGAUGUAAUAUUCUCACAUAAUAUCAUUGUGGUUGCUUAGCAACACUGUUGUGUUGUAAGUUAGUAACAUGUGUUCCUAUUGGUUGCUGACUGAGCCUGAUUGUGAUUGGUCCGCAGUGUAUGCAGACAGCGCCUGUUCUGUUCAGUAUGUGUGAGAAGUUCGGCUUCCUAGUAAGACUUCACCUGAAUGUACACGGCUGCAAAUAAAUAUUCACUUAAAGCA